AACGAUGGGUCAAAGUGACAUAAAAGUACAUGUACUUUCAUAUGUAGGUAAUCUACACUGUGUAGGAACGUGAUUAGGCAAGUAGCGAAGUCACGCGAGAAGGACAUUUCAAGCGUCCAUCAUAACAAGUACUGAUUAACAUGGAAAGUCAGCAAACUCCCGAGAUUCUGGACUACCGGAAUGAAAAUGGUCAUGGGUGGUCCUUCUACAAACAUGACGGCGUCCUCCUGCAUAUUCACACUACCCCUGAAGCUCAUAUGGAAAUAAUCCGAAAUGUUCAGAAGUUCGAGCUGAGGGACGAUGACGUCAUGAUAGUGGCAUAUCCCAAAUGUGGUACCCACUGGUUGUGGGAAAUCGUCACCAUGCUCAGGGCCGGUAAUUCUGAGUACAACAAGAAGGCGAAGGAGAUCGCCAUGUUGGGGAUGCCGAAGUUUGAGCGGGCUGAUGAACUUCCCUCUCCGCGGGUUCUGAACUCGCAUCUUUACUUCCGUCAUCUGCCGGAGAAACUGGUGGAGAAGAGGAUUAAAACCAUCCUCAUCAUGCGAAAUCCAAAAGAUGUCAGCGUAUCUCACUAUCAUCAUGUCAGCGGACUCCAAAAGGUGUUUAUGUAUGACGGGACGUAUUCAGAAUUUCUGGAUCUGUUUCUUGAAGGAAAAGUUCCCGGUGGUGGUUAUGCAGACUACGUGAAGGAUUGGCAGCAAGUGAAACAGGACAACCCGGACUUGCCUUUCCUAACCUUGUUUUAUGAAAACUUGAAAGAGGAUCCUGUUAAAAACAUCAAAACGGUUGCCGAGUUCAUAGGAGAGUCAGUCACUGAUGAACUCUGUGAGCAAAUAGCGGAAGCGUGCAGCUUUAAGAAGCUGAAGGUUGCAGCCACGGACGUGAAGGAGGAAUUCCCAAAUAGCAAUCUGUCAGAAGUCUGGAAGGAAGGACACGAAGGAAUGUACAGAAAAGGUGAAGUCGGGGAUUGGAAGAACUGGAUAACAGUUGCUAAAAACGAAAGAUUCGAUGACGUCAUAGACCGAAAGUUUGAAGGAACAGGCAUUGUGUUCACAUAUGAAUAGCUGACGGAUUAUAAGUAUAUGUUGACGAGAAUACUGAAUGCCAAAUAUCAUUAAUAUUCGUCAUUCCAAUAUCUAUGAAUAUUCACUAAGUAUGUAUUUUGCACGACCACCAGAGCUUACCAGAUGAAACAGUACCAAGCUAGGCGUACCUGAUGCUGACGUGGCAAUCGGGCCUACCUUUGUACGGAUGAAAGAUUUCCGCUUGCGGAUUCGGGAACCAAUUUCCCACCAAUUACGUUCUGUAAAUGGUGCCGUCGGGUGCAGCAUGCGGAGUUAGCUGUCGCCCUUUUGAAACUGUCCGGCAUAUCCUACCGUACAGUAACCCCUGACGCGGGGGCACUAAAUAGAUUCGACGUCAUGACGUUCAUUAAUUGCUUCAGGCCAACGUCGGUGCGAGUACGACCACGCAACUGCCCCCCACCCCCCCAAUGGAACUCUCAAAGGCAGUAAUAGACGUGACAAAACGCCUCGUACUUCCGCUACAAUGCAGUUUAAUGGAGACGAGAGCGGCGCAAAUACGCCUAUUUUACCCUCCCCAAAAUUCGACCUUUUGGGACGAGUUUCAGUGGACCGGGACGCACAUUCAAUUCAAAUAGUUAACGAUCAGUCCGGUCGAAUCGGGAACCCAAAUAUAUAUUUUAAAAAAAGAAAUUAAAAAAAAGACAAAACGAUAGUCAAAAUAGUCUAAUUGCGACUAAAGUAAUCGUUCAAGGGGAGUUACAUGUAACUGGAGGGGGACCAUCAAGAUGUUACAAUCCACUUAUAUUGUUCCGUUAAUUGUUUUAGAAAUUAUUAUAGUAGAAAUGUUGUUAUUACAUACGAAGUGAUAUUCGUACUAGAAGUGUUUGUUACAGGUAACUUGCUUUUAUUUGUAUUGGAAGUGUCGUGUUACUUAGGAAUUGAUAAUAUUUGUAGUAAGAAGUGUUACUACAUAUGAAUUGAUUUUAGUUGAACUAGAAGAGUUUCGUUACAGGUGAAUUGAUAUAUUUGUAUUAGAAGUGUUUAUUUACUGUUAUUAUAGAAGUAGUAUCUAUAGUUGUAAUUACAUUAAGCAUAACAUAUGUGUCGAUGUGGUGAUGUAACAUCUCGUUAUGAGAAUGAUAUCAAUGUUACAAUAAAAUUAAUUACCUCCUUGAUGGGGCGGUCGGGUAGCCUAGUGGUUAAAGCGUUCGCUCGUCACGCCGAAGACCCGGGUUCGAUUCCCGACAUGGGUACAAUGUGUGAAGCCCAUUUCUGGUGACCCCCGCCGUGAUAUUGCUGGAAUAUUGCUAAAAGCGGCGUAAAACCAUACUCACUCACUCACCUUCUUGAUUAGUCGUUUCGGUUUAGGCAUUGAACAUGUUAACGUUGUUGUUAAACCGAUGUGGAGAUAUUAAUGUUCCACAUAUAUUGAAAUUGUAUGUAUAAUGUAUAUUGAACAAUGACUCUGUGAAUCUGUCCACGGUCAACCAGCCUAUGGUCACGAUGGUUAUCAACCAAAGCAUUCCAGAUUCAAAAAGUGAACCAACCUGGAUCCCCACGACUUGAGAGUGUGAGGACACUCUUCGCCAGAACGGGGGUCGUAUUAUAGGCAUGAAAGAGCAAUACAUAUUUAGAUAAUAAAAGGGAAGUUAAAUCAAUAAGUCAUAAAGUGAAGAAGGAAUGUAUACCAGAUAUUAUAACAAGAAUUGGCACCAUCUUAGAGUGUGAGGACACUCUUCGCCAGAACGGGGGUCGUAUUAUAGGCAUGAAAGAGCAAUACAUAUUUAGAUAAUAAAAGGGAAGUUAAAUCAAUAAGUCAUAAAGUUAAGAAGGAAUGUAUACCAGAUAUUAUAUCAAGAAUUGGCACCAUCUUAGAGUGUGGGGACACACUCUUCGCCAGAGUGAGUGAGUGAGUGAGUAUGGUUUUACGCCGCUUUUAGCAAUAUUCCAGCAAUAUCACGGCGGGGGACACCAGAAAUGGGCUUCACACAUUGUACCCACCUCUUCGCCAGAACGGGGGGGGGGCGCAUUAUAGGCAUAAAAGUACAGAAAUUAACAACUAGUUAAAGUAAUUAACAAUUCAUUAAGACACCUACGUGAUUGUGUAAAAAGGUCAAGAAGAGGAGUUGAAACCAGUAAGAUAUGAACAUAACACAUUGAUAUAUAUAUAGGAGACGGGCAACUCUGAUAGUUGAAGACUACGGGGAACAUACUUGGACACGAAUAACCAGGGGUGAGGGUAUAGUAGGUGGAGGGUUAUACAUUAAUGAAAGACGAUUAACCAGAUGGGAAGUAGAUAAUAAAUGGAACGGAGAUGUUAGGGACCUGAGAGAUAUAUGGUAUUCGGGGGGGGGGGGGGGGAAUAGUUCGAAUUCCAAAAGGGUGAGAAACAUCAUAACAAGUCCGAAUAUGGUGCUGGUUAUUAGAUAAGAGUGGGUUAGAAUGAUCUAGUGUAGGGGGAAAAGGUGGUUGACCAAUGAUAGAUGGAAAAAUGAGUAGAGCUGUGACGUAGGUACCGGUUUAAAAAGGGGCAAACGCCCCAAAUCGAGAAAACGGCUAGGAGCUGCUGGGGAGACUACAUCUGGACUGGUGCCGGUCGGCUUGUUGUCACGAUCUUUCGAACCAGAAACCAAGCUUAGGCACCAGCAUUUCGACUGAGACUGGAACUUUGCGGCCGAAGUCUCGUAUUUAAGUGACAACUAGAGUGGGUUGACCGGCAACACAAAGUUGGAAUAAAAGCUGUUAAACGAAGAUCACUCUUUGUGCUUGUUGGAGGAACUACGGUAAUAGGUCCAAGGUCCUCGAGUGCUGACAUUGUACCUCUCGCCCAUCCCAGACAGUCAGCACCAAGAACGAGGGGAUUACCGUAGUUUAGAAGAAGAGGUACGCGACUUGCUAUAACCUGGUAAUUAACAACAAUUACCGCCGGUCUUUAAGGCGCUAAAAUUACCUUGGACACAAGUAUGUACAACAAAACAUGUUCGUGAAUCAUUUUGUAUUUUUUAAUCUCGCUUUAUAUAUGUCCAAAAACUGUCUGUGCCAUGCGACGAUUUCAUUGCUAAUAAAUUAAUCUUUAUGGUC